AGGAUUUAUAAAGGCUAUUUUUGCCUUUAAUAUACCUGCUAUCCUGGUCUUGCUCAAGUGCCUCCGAACAGAUACCAUCUGCACCACCUCCACAGCCAGCCACACAACACAAAGCUACAGACUCCCUGACUCCAGUGUUCUUGCUUUCUAAGAUGGGGUCUUAAGAGUGGUGAAGACAUAACACAGGAAAGAAAAGAGAGGCUGGAUGAAUUAUGUGCAUGAAGACUUCUGGAAAGAACUUCAAGGAAAUAGGGUGCAUUGAGACUUCAAGAAGAGGACAUUUUUAUCUGUAUUUGGGGCUUCAGCAACUUCUUCCAGGGAGGAGGUCCAGUACAGCUGCUGUUGCAACCCAAGGUCUUGAUUCACAUCCAUAGAUUGGAAUAUUGGUGUACCAGCCAUCCUCAGAUACCUCACUAAGGACAGAUGAGGAAACUGAGGCUUGGUGAAGUUACGAAACUUGUCCAAAGUCACACAGCUUACUGUAAAGGGCACAGCCAAGAUUCAGAGCCAGGUUGUAAAAAUUAAAAUGAAUAAACUACGGCAAAGUUUUAGGAGAAAGAAAGAUGUUUAUGUUCCAGAGGCCAGUCGUCCACAUCAGUGGCAGACAGAUGAAGAAGGGGUUCGUACUGGAAAAUGUAGCUUCCCAGUUAAGUACCUUGGCCAUGUAGAAGUUGAUGAGUCAAGAGGAAUGCACAUCUGUGAAGAUGCUGUAAAAAGAUUGAAAGCUGAAAGGAAGUUCUUCAAAGGCUUCUUUGGAAAAACUGGAAAGAAAGCAGUUAAGGCAGUCCUGUGGGUAUCAGCAGAUGGACUCAGAGUUGUGGAUGAAAAAACUAAGGACCUCAUAGUUGACCAGACAAUAGAAAAAGUUUCUUUCUGUGCUCCGGAUAGGAACUUUGAUAGAGCCUUCUCUUACAUAUGUCGUGACGGCACCACUCGGCGCUGGAUCUGUCAUUGCUUCAUGGCUGUCAAGGACACAGGUGAGAGAUUGAGUCAUGCAGUAGGCUGUGCAUUUGCAGCCUGUUUGGAACGGAAACAGAAGCGGGAGAAGGAAUGUGGAGUGACUGCUACUUUUGAUGCCAGUCGGACCACUUUUACAAGAGAAGGAUCAUUCCGUGUCACAACAGCCACAGAGCAAGCAGAAAGAGAGGAGAUUAUGAAACAAAUCCAAGAUGCCAAGAAAGCUGAAACAGAUAAGACAGCUGUUGGCUCAUCAGUGGCUCCUGGCAACACUGCCCCAUCCCCGUCCUCUCCCACCUCUCCCACUUCGGAUGCUACUGCCUCUCUGGAGACGAACAAUCCUCAUGCCAUCCCACGCCGGCAUGCGCCCAUUGAACAACUUGCUCGCCAAGGCUCUUUCCGAGGAUUUCCUGCUCUUAGCCAGAAGAUGUCACCCUUUAAACGCCAACUAUCCCUGCGCAUCAAUGAGUUGCCUUCCACUAUGCAGAGGAAGACUGAUUUCCCCAUAAAAAAUGCAGUGCCAGAAGUAGAAGGGGAGGCAGAGAGUAUCAGCUCCCUGUGCUCACAGAUCACCAAUGCCUUCAGCACACCCACGGAGGAUCCCUUCUCAUCUGCCCCAAUGACCAAACCGGUGACAGUGCUAGCACCACAGUCUCCUGCCUUUCAAGCUAAUGGCACUGACUCAGCCUUCCAUGUGCUUGCUAAGCCAGCCCAUACUGCUCUAGCACCCGUAGCAAUGCCUGUGCGUGAAACCAACCCUUGGGCCCAUGCCCCUGAUGCUGCUAACAAGGGAAUUGCAGCCACACGUUCGGGGACCGAGUGGAGUCAAUCUUCUGGUGCUGCAUCUCCAGGUCUCUUCCAGGCUGGUCACAGACGCACUCCCUCUGAGGCUGACCGCUGGUUAGAAGAGGUGUCCAAGAGUGUCCGGGCGCAGCAGCCCCAGGCCUCAGCUGCCUCUCUGCAGCCAGUUCUCCAGCCUCCUCCACCCACUGCCAUCACCCAGCCAGCGCCAUCUUUCCAAGGGAAUGCAUUCCUCACCUCUCAGCCCGUACCAGUGGGUGUGGUCCCACCCCUGCCACCAGCCUUUGUCCCUGCCCAGUCCUAUCCUGUGGCCAAUGGGAUGCCCUAUCCAGCCCCUAAUGUGCCUGUGGUGGGCAUCACUCCCUCCCAGAUGGUAGCCAACGUGUUUGGCACUGCAGGCCACCCUCAGGCUGCCCACUCCCAUCAGUCUCCCGGCCUGGUCAAGCAGCAGACAUUCCCUCAGUAUGAGACAAGCAGUGCUACUGCCAGUCCCUUCUUUAAGCCUCCUGCUCAGCACCUCAACGGUUCUGCAGCUUUCAAUGGUGUAGACGAUGGCAGGUUAGCCUCGGGAGAUAAGCACACAGAGGUUCCUGCAGGGGCCUGCCCGGUGGAUCCCUUCGAAGCCCAGUGGGCUGCAUUAGAAAGCAAGUCCAAGCAGCGUACUAACCCCUCUCCCACCAACCCUUUCUCCAGUGACUUACAGAAAACGUUUGAAAUUGAACUUUAAGUAGUCUCUAUGGCUUAUGUAUUUUGCCCAUACUUAGGCAAGGGCAGGGGCAGAGGUCAAAGAAGCAAAGGGAACUUUGUGUUCCCAGUCAGUAUACUUUUCACUAAUCCCAAAGGUCUUAAGGAGCAUGUCCAGGCACAGAGUGCUAGGAGAGGUGAUUUUGAAAAAAAUGGAAGAAACAUUCCUAGAGAAGAGUUGUCUUGCAGUUGGGCUAAAGAAGUCAGGGAAAUGUUGCCCUCUGUCCCCCUCCUACUCCCUCAGCCCCUUAAAAAUCUCUGGCAGCAGAGAGGCAGAGUAUCUGAACAGGAAUCUGUAUUCAAAGCACAUUUACUGGAAUAUAAAACACAACGGGAAGCAAAACAAUCACCCUUCAUUUUUCAGGCCAUUCACCUGCCGCCUCUCACUGGCCUGUCUUAGAGAUCAAGAACAUGGUGGCCUGUGCUUGGGCUGGGGACGAGAGGCAGGCCGUGCUGCCAGAAUUCCCAGGAGGGCACAGCAGCUGCCCAACAGAGCUAUAUUUUAGGGGUAAAGUUGAGCUUCCACUUUGAGUAAGAAUAAAUAUUAUAAAUAUAUAUCAAAAAAGCCAAAAUCUUUAUUUUUAUGCAUUUAGAAUAUUUUAAAUAGUUCUCAAUAUUAAAAAGUUGUAUGAGUUGUAAGUAAUCUUGCCAAAGGUAAAAGGGUUAGCUGUAAGAAAUUGUACAUAAGAUUGAUUUAUCAGUGAUGCCUAUUGAUGUGGAGAGAGGAGAGGUUGGGAGUUGCAGAUGGGAUCCCUAUUACUUGGUAUCAUUCGUUGUAAGUAGCACCUUGCAGCAACAAUCAUGCGUAUGACCAAUACAGUCCCUAGGUGGUAGUUUUAACGAAAAUGAAAGAGCAGUAUUGUCCUGGUUUUAAACCUGUGAUGAAAUCCUAAUGUAAUUUUAAUGGAAUCAGUCUGAAUACAUUCUACAGAGAAUACGUAUUUUCUUUUAUAUACUGCUGCAGUUUCCUUAUGUUAAUCCUCUACUUUUGUUUUAACACUAAGGUGACAAUGACUUAAUCAUAUCCAUGGACGGGAGCACAGGUUACUGUGUUGAUUUGUCAUGUGGGUCUCGGGUUUUGUUUUGUCCUUUAGAUUUUGUCCCCACCAGCUUUGUGGGGAUGGAGAUUCUGGUUUAAUAGCUGUGUGUGAGCCGGUCCCCCCACUUGUGGUGAGAGCAUCCCGUUGCCAGUUGUAGCCACUUGACCUCUGGUAACGACGUGAGAUCCCAUCUCAUUUUUACUUUUGAACGUUGGCCUUACAAUCAAAUGUAAGUUAUAUAUAUUUGUACUGAUGAGAAUUUAUAAUCUGCUUUAACAAAAAUAAAUGUUCGUGGUAGAA